AUGGAUCCUCCUACUAGCAAUAAAGGUGUAGUAGUCACCUCGGUGGCCCCUCCAGUAUACAAGAAGAUGUUCCGGGCUGAAAAGGAGUUAAUUUGGCGAAUCGAACGUGUUCAUGCUUCGUGUGUUACAAUUGAUCUAGAAUUUCUAGAUUUGAAGAUAUCUUCUACCUCAAAUCUACCAACACAAUCGAUUCGUCAUCUUUCACAGCAUGUAUCAAUUCGGCCGGAUGACUUCUUGCUUCUGGAUCAUUCAAUCAAAAACACCUUACGUAACAUCUCUUGCAUGUUUCAAGAGAGCAUUCAUGCCGAUGUCACAAUCGAAACUUCGGAUGGUUCCUUGAGAGCUCAUAAAGCUGUGCUCGCUUCGAGUUCGCCGGUGUUCAAGAGUAUGUUUUUGCACGAUUUCAAGGAGAAACAGUCGUCCAUAAUAAAAAUAGAGGACAUGUCGACGGAUGCAUGCUCGGCUCUUCUCGCGUACAUGUACGGGGCCAUCAAACAAGACGAUUUCUUGAAGCAUUGCCUUCCGCUGUUGGCGGCCGCAGACAAGUACGAUUUGCAAGACCUUAGAAAGUGCUGCGAGGAAAUUCUCUUGGAAGACAUCAAUUCCAGCAACGUCUUCGAGAAGCUUCGAACGGCACGGCGUUACAAGCUCGACAAGUUGACCAAGGGCUGCUUGGCAUACUUGUUUGAUUUCAGGAGGUUGCCUGAUGUGAGAGGAAAAUUGAAGGAUUUCUUUUACGACGCCGAUCGAAAACUACUGCGGGAAGUCUUCGAAGAAACCGUUGCUAAUUGGAAGUGUUGCUAA